AUCCAUUCAUAUAUAUAUAUACACACAAUAACAUCACUUCGCUGGGAUUUUAUAGAAAGCUAUUUUUUCUCAAUUCAAUUGUAUAUUCUUUAUAUAUCAGGGAAGAAUGUCAAGUUAUACGGUGAAAGUUGAAGAAAGCCGACCAGCUGCUGAUGGAAAGCCAUCAGCAGGACCUGUUUACAGGAGCAUUUAUGCUAAAGAUGGUCUCAUGGAAAUGCCUACUCGUUUUGAGUCACCUUGGGACUUCUUUAGUGAAUCAGUUAAGAAGAAUCCCAAAAAUCAACUGCUUGGCCGCCGUCAGGUUGUCGACAAAAAGGCAGGUCCCUAUAAUUGGUUGACAUAUGAGGGGGUUUAUGAUACCACAGUUAAGAUUGGUUCAGCCAUCCGAAGCCGUGGUGUUAAUCCGGGAGACAGAUGUGGCAUCUAUGGUGUGAACUCUCCUGAGUGGAUAAUGGCAAUGGAGGCUUGUAACAGCCAAGCAAUUUCAUAUGUACCACUCUAUGAUUCUCUUGGUGCAAAUGCAGUGGAAUUUAUCAUAAACCACGCUGAAGUUUCAAUAGUUUUUGCCCAAGAAAGCAAGAUACCAGCUAUCUUAUCAUGCUUGUCAAAGUGCAAUUCUUACCUAAAAACUAUCGUGAGCUUCGGAAACAUUACCAGCAUGCAGAAAAGUGAAGCAGAGGAACAUGGAGUAGGUUGCUUCUCAUGGGAAGAGUUUGUUCAAAUGGGAAGCUUGGAUCAUGAACUUCCUCAGAAACAGAAGACUGAUAUUUGCACAAUUAUGUACACUAGCGGAACUACUGGAGAACCAAAAGGUGUCAUUCUGACUAAUGGGGCCUUCAUGGGAGAAGUUCUGUCGAUGGAUCAACUUCUCGUUGAAACAGACAAAGAGGGAACAGGGGAGGACGUGUACUUUUCGUUCCUUCCACUGGCUCAUAUAUUUGAUCAAAUAAUUGAAACAUAUUGCAUAUACAGGGGUGCUUCAAUAGGAUUUUGGCAAGGCGACGUUAGAUACUUGAUUGAGGAUCUUCUGGUAUUAAAGCCGACUAUAUUCUGUGGAGUUCCAAGAAUUUAUGACCGGUUAUACACAGGUGUGAUGGAAAAAAUUGAAGCUGGAGGCACAGUAAAGAAGCUACUUUUCCAGUACGCAUACAACUACAAAUUAAGGAAUAUGGAGAAAGGACUCAGACAAGACGAAGCAGCUCCGCGCUUUGACAGGCUGGUUUUUGACAAGAUUAAACUAGCAUUUGGUGGACGAGUUCGUCUUAUGCUUUCUGGAGCUGCUCCUUUGCCCAAGCACGUCGAAGAAUUUCUAAGGGUGACAUGUUGCUGUUCUUUAUCACAAGGAUAUGGUCUCACUGAAAGUUGUGGAGGAUGUUUUGCAUCCAUAGCCAAUGUAUACCCCAUGAUAGGAACUGUUGGCGUUCCAACGACUACAAUUGAGGCAAGACUUGAGUCCGUGCCAGAAAUGGGAUAUGACGCGCUUGCAAGCGUGCCACGUGGAGAAAUUUGUCUGAGGGGAAAAACCUUGUUUUCGGGGUACCAUAAACGAGAAGAUCUUACAAAAUCAGUACUUGUGGAUGGAUGGUUUCAUACAGGUGACAUUGGUGAGUGGCAACCAGACGGAGCAAUGAAAAUCAUUGACCGGAAAAAGAAUAUAUUUAAGCUCUCCCAAGGGGAGUAUGUGGCUGUGGAAAACAUUGAAGGUGUAUACUCCAGAUGCCCACUUGUUACUUCAAUUUGGAUAUAUGGAAGCAGUUUUGAGUCCUUUUUAGUGGCUGUGGUUGUUCCAGAAAGAAAGCCACUCGAGGAUUGGGCCUCGAGUAAUCAAGAAACCGGAGAUUUUUCAUCUCUAUGCAAUAACUCGAAAGCAAGGAAGUACAUUCUGGAUGAACUCAACAGCACUGCUAGGAAACACCAGCUUCGAGGCUAUGAAAUGUUGCGUGCAGUUCAUUUGGAGCCAAUUCCUUUUGACAUUGAGAGAGAUUUAGUUACCCCCACAUUCAAACUCAAAAGGCCACAGCUGCUCAACUAUUACAAGGAUAUUAUUGAUCGACUGUACAAAGAAGCAAAGCAAACAAAGCUGACUGGAAGUGCUGAUCGAUUGACAAGCUUCAGAUGAUUCUUUCGGAAGUUCAAAGCUCCUAUCAAGUGCACAUUACUGAUAAUCUACAUUUAGAAUUGAUACAUCAUGAGAAAGAACCGAUAUAUGUAUUUUCUCGAUGCUUUCCCUUAUUUUAUGUAUAUAUGAACUUCAUCAAGAUUACCAAAUAAUGAAAAUUAGUAUCUACACGUUCAGAGUCUACAAAAUCUGAAUGUGUUAUAUCAUUUGCCAAAGGAUAUAAAGAACAGAGUAAUGUUUUAUGACCACAUUGCGUCCCCUUGUGACUUGUUAUCGAAUUGCUAAAGCUCGAACCUGUUCAGGCUACAUAAAUUCACUGAAAUGAUUCAAGUUUUUAGUAGUAACUUAGUCCUGAUAACUUUUGUUGGAUACUACUCGUGGAGGUGUGAUAUUUGGCACAAAUAUCAGGUUUUGUGUCGUAUUAUAGCUUCUUCUUAUGACUUUUAUUGCUCACUUCAUGACGUAACCGUCGUAUUUGAAUUUAUGUCGUUAUAUUUCAUGUGUAUAGGUACGAUGACGAUAAACGAUGGAAACUGUGCUGGAAAUGAUUGGAAUUCGUAGCAUAUGUCGAUUGGCUGAGGUGACGAGUCGAAGACCGCAAAGGACGAACUAAAAGGAGAGCUAAGCAACUGAAGGGACCUCGCUUUCCUUCCGCAUCGCGGAAGGAUCGCGAGAAGCCUCAAAACUUCAGGUCAUCGAUCCGCAUCGCGUGAAGAAAGCGGAACAACCAAACUCAGUCGUCAGUGUUGCGCGAUCCCUCCGCAUCGCGUGAAAAAAGCGAGAACCUGCAGAACAUUGCGCGAUCCUUCCGCAUCGCGGAAGGAAAGCGGGGAUCUGCGGAUGUUUUCCCGAUUAGACUAGGAUUUGGAUUCCUUAUCUAUUAUUUUUACCCUAGCCUAUAUAUAGACGUUUUAAUAGCUGAGAACGGGGUGCUGGGAUUAUUCAAGGAUUUGUAAGCUACCGUUCUCCUUUUUCUUUCUCUAGGUUUAUUUUCUUUUUCAUCUUUCUUCAACCCUAGUUUAUUCAUGGCUUCUUUUGUCUAUGAUCGAACCAUGAGUAGCUAAUCUCCUAAUUCUAGGGUUGUGGCGAAAGACUUAAAAGUUGAUGUGAUGACAAUUAUUAUCUAUUGAUUUUUCAUAUUGUGGGUUA